AUGAAUGAAAGUCACCAGUACAUUCCUCCAAACUGUCAGAAGAAUCUGAUCCUGGGUUUCCUGACCCUCAUCAUUGCCCUGGUGGGUGUAGCAGGAAAUGCAGUUGUGCUCUGGCUCCUGGGCUUCUGCAUGGGCAGGAACGCCUUCUCCACUUACAUUCUCAACCUGGCUGGAGCUGACUUUCUCUUCCUCUGCUUCCAGAUUGUAGACCACCUGCAGAUAUUAAUUGACUUCUUUCAUUCCACCCGGAUCCUCAUUCCCAGAUUCUUCACUUUUGUGUCAACCUUUGCCUAUCUGGCAGGCCUAAGCACGCUCAGUGCCUUGAGCACUGAGCGCUGCAUGUCUGUCCUAUGGCCCAUCUGGUACCGCUGCCGCCGCUGGAGACACACAUCAGCUGUCAUGUGUGCCUUGAUCUGGGUCCUGUCACUGCUGAUGAGCAUCCCGGAAGGGAACUAUUGUGGCUUCCUGAUGAGUGGGUAUGACUCUGACUGGUGUCGGACAUUUGAUUUCAUCAUUAUUGCAUGGCUGAUUGUUGUAUUUGUCAUUCUCUCAGGGUCCAACCUAACCGUGAUUGUCAGGGUCCUUUGUGGCUUAUCGAGGAUGCCACUGACCAGGGUGUAUGUGACCAUUGGGCUCACAAUGUUGGUCUUCCUCUUCUUUGGCCUGCCCUUUGGGAUCUACUGGUUCCUCUUAAUCUGGAUCCCGAGUUAUCGUAAUACUAUCCCUUGUGGAUCCUAUUUGGUGACAGUUUUUCUGUCCAGUGUUAACAGCUGUGCCAACCCCAUAAUUUACUUCUUCGUUGGCUCCUUUAGGCAACGGCGGUGGAAGGGGAGGACCCUCAAGCUGAUUUUACAGAGGGCCAUGCAGGACACCCCUGAGGAGGGUGACUCAAGAAGCAGGGUUUCGUCAGAAAAUCUUGGAGAGCAGGCAAGAGUCUGGUGCUGGCGCGGCUCUCUGGAGUAA